AAAAUGAACAGGAAAUGCACCAGAGUGCAUGAUAUAGGAUAUUGUGAUACAAGUGUAUGUAUGGUAUUGAGUCAUCUGUACUUACCCUUGCUCUUCCUCAGACUAUGUCGACUGCCGGCAAGAAGGCCAAGUGUGAACUCCCUCCGUGCCGGGUGUGUAAAGACACGGCAGCCGGCUUUCACUACGGCGCCAAUACUUGUGAGGCCUGCAAGGGCUUCUUCCACCGUAGUCUCAGACGAAAAGGUGAAUACAAAUGUAUCGGUACCGGCAGCGGUUGUAUCGUGGGGCCAGGCAAGCUCAGGUCCUGUCCCAAGUGUCGAUACAAACGAUGUAUCGAUGCUGGAAUGUCAAAGGCUGCAAUUAAGACUGGUCGUUACACAUACGCAAAGAGAAGUCGAGACACCCUGGAAAUCCAACGCCUGCAGCAAUUGGGACUGCUUCAAAGCCUCGAGGGAUCCUCAUCUAGCCUUUCCCAGCUGCCGUAUGCCUCGCCAUUCCCGGCGCACGCCUCUAGCGGUCAUUCCUCUCCAAGCUCUUUGGCAUCACCUUCGACCACAGUUGGCUCCUCCUUGUCUCCUGCAACAAGUCCUUUAGAUAUCACCACUUUUUCUGAUCUGACAUACCCCUUGAGUCCACAAAGCCACGCAUCGCCCCUCCCAUCCUCCUUCUUGACUCCACCCCAUUUCUCACCUCCGUCCAAUCAAGCUCCAACCCCUACGUGGUCGGAUUCUAGACUCAAUGAUUUUAGCCCUGUUUCUCACGACAGUGAGCAGCCUGAAUAUGACGCCAUCAGCGAUUGCGAAGUACAGUACUUCAAGGAUGUAUUCAACACCAACCAAUCAGAACCCCAAUUUUUGUCCCCGCCUCCCAGCCACGCUAGAGAUGAUGCUGCUGCUGACCAAUCAGAAGAUAAGAGAGGACAAAUACUAAAUUUUGACAAUCUACCCACCUUCUUAGACGCUGUCAUUUCUACCUGUAAAAACGACAAUGACAUCACAAAGAACGAUUGGUGUAAAUUUUCAGAGUGCAACCCCACCACUUCUGCAGUGAAUGGCCAUAUGGAAAUUUCAACAACUACCCCACCAAGCUCAAAGUGCACCAUCUCGCCCACUUCACCCGCCAUCACCUCCACAUUUGCCCACCUCCCAUCUUGUGGCUACUCUAAACUCAGAAGCGCAACAGGCGAUACGGCAGAGACUGAGGGGACAGAUAUUCUCGACCUUUCCGAUAACGUGGUUACCUCCUCAAAAAAUGAUGGCCUCAUAGGCAAUGACCUUCUUUUUGAUUGUUUGUAUCGAGGCGUCUCCCCUUACUUCGACAGAGAGAAAAAUGAAUACAACUAUAGCUGCAAUUCGAGUUUAAAGCGAAAACAAUCACAAGGUUUUCAAAACAGCAAGAAGAGAAAGGAAAAUAAUGUACCCGAAGCUUUGAAAUCGGACGAUUUCAACACAUUGUCAAAAACGCUUCAUGGAUUCAUUAACAGUAAACAUGAAUUUGCUGAAUAUCUAUCGACACCAUGCGACUUAUUUAGCUCUGAAAUCAAAAGAGAGUUUGCGGAAGCUGGAGGAUACCCAGGGCAGCCGGAUAUUGAGAAUGAGGUUCUCAAAACUAAAACUCAGUCAAACGAUUUGCAAGAUAUUGAGAACAAAGUGUUGUUGUUUCAACAUUCAGAAUCUGUCCUUUUCAAAAACUCUGGCAAUCAGCUCAGUUUGGUUCUCAAUACCCCAAGGAAAGUACCAGAUGAUUUGAGUAGAAAUGGGGAAAACUAUCAGAUGGACUGUGUCAUCAAAAGAGAGGAUUGUCCCCAAGACGAAAAUAAAUUUUGGAAUGUCGGGGGACAAUUUGGUGUCGCUGAUUUAACUCCGUCUCUGAACAAUACGGAAAACAGCCAUUGUGCUACCUCUGCCAAAAACUCACAUUUUCAUCUGCAAAGGGGCCCAGUUAAUUCAGAUCCCCUGAACUUUCAGAAUAUACAUUUCAUCGGUCGGUCAGGCCAGGUCCCUUCCUCUAGUUACAAUUAUCCAGACCAGUCGAGACAGAUUCCAUUUUCAGAGGACAGUCGUUGUCUUUUCACAAAACCAAGGCCAACUCCUCACAGCCCCAAAUCGUCACCUACCUCAGAGCCGAGCCCUUUGGCGUUUUCGUUAAACAACCCACAAUUAACGUUUUCUGACAUCUUUCCGCCUCAUUUGACACCCAACCCAACUACCUGUGGCAGCACCCCUGCGUCUUCGGUGGCAUGCAUUGAAAAGACCUCGGCGUCACUUGGCGGAACAGCUGCUGUAACAUCAUUUUCUGAGAUAACUCACGCGGCGUCAUUGCCUCAAACGUCUCCAGUGACGUCGAUGACAGUCAUUUCUUCUGUCCCGUCGGUCGCUGAGAUGUCCCCUGCGACGGCCUCAACCUUUGAUCUUGACCUGCCAUCUUGGACUGACCUAGAGCAGACGAUAGAUCAGCUGGUUAAAUCUCACAACAAGCAUGUCCGUGACUUGAACGAGGAUGCCCUUCGUCCGUGCAAGUUGAAUUACUCAUUUCAGCCAAGGCCUCAAUCGCCAGAUGAGGACAGAGACAGAGAUUCUAAACACAACGCUUUGGGCUAUUCAGAGUUAGAGAUCCGCUUAGAGAAAUCCGUCAGAAGACUCGUCAAAUUCGCCAGAUCGAUACCAGGAUUUUCUUCACUCCCGCUGAAAGAUCGGAUGUCCCUCAUCAAAUAUCGUACAACGAUUGGUUCAUCCCGCGCUGCCCAGAGCAUCACGGGCCGAGUGACCUCAUGUCUUCUGCAUGCGCUGGCAGGAAAUCACAACAGACCGGGCUUAGUGCUAUCCCGAAUUGUGUCUCUGCUAACUGAGGUGCGCACUUUAUCCCACGAUAUCAUGUUUAAAAUCAGCCAAAUAGGAGCUCACCACAGUCCCUUGCUCAAGGAGAUGUACUCCGGGAUUUUCCGUUAAUCCUGAAUCUUGACCAGCUCAAAAUUCGACACCAGUUUCGGGGUUUUCCACUGAUCCGAAUACUCGAAUGACUAGCAAUUCGACCCAACGACGCAAGGUCCGGGAUUUCCCGUCUGAUCCAGUCACUCAAACCGCACAGAACUGGGCACAUGACAGAGAUCAAGGAAACCUGUCCUGCUGUUGACAGGCACUGUUGAGGACGGCUGUAGGGCUUGCUGUUGAGGACGCUGUUGAGAGCAACUAGGCGUAGGGCGUGCACAAUUGCCCCCACAUUGCUCCCAUAAAAACAAAUCAAGACUACGGCAGCACAGACGAGUGGAAAGAGCAAAAAUUGCCAAAGAGUCCACAACCAGAUUCACAGAUUUUUGGUGUAACUACGAGUUUCUCGCCUCACCUGUACCUCAAAUGACAACUUGUUAUGUCGAUGAACAAUUGAUGAUAUGAUAUAGAUGAAAUAGAUGUACUAAUGUGAUAUACGACUGAA